AUGAAUACGGCCACCAACAUCUACAUCUUUAAUCUGGCUGUAGCCGAUGCCCUCGUGACCACCACCAUGCCUUUCCAGAGUACUGACUACCUGAUCAACUCCUGGCCCUUCGGAGAGGUAACCCUAACCCCUAACUUCUAAAUCUUUCAGAGUCCUGACUACCUGCUCAACUCCUGGCCUUUUGGAGAGGUGGCAGAAUACUGUACCUCAAUAGCAUAAUGUCUGGUAGAUAACCUACUCUGCCUGUCCUGUGGUGAGCUGAUUUUAAAUGGCAUAAAGCACAUUUCUAUGGAAAAUAAUGAUCCUCUCCUCCAGGUGGUGUGUAAGGUGUUUAUCAGUAUAGACUACUACAACAUGUUCACCAGCAUCUUCACUCUGACCAUGAUGUCAGUGGAUCGAUAUGUAGCUGUGUGUCACCCGGUCAAGGCUCUGGACUUUAGAACUCCUGUGAAAGCGAAGAUCAUCAACAUUCUCAUCUGGGUUUCAUCCUCCGCUGCCGGCAUCCCUGCUCUGGUGCUGGGCAGCACACAGAACAACAACGGUACGCGCACACGCACACACACACACACACACACACACACACACACACACACACACACACACACACACACACACACACACACACACACACACACACACACACACACACACACACACACACACACACACACACACACACACACACACAUACACACACACACACACACACACACACACACACACACACACACACACACACACACACACACACACACACACACACACACACACACACAGUCAUGUUGAUUACCUAUUGAAUCCUGUCAGUGCGUAUGGUUUAGGAUUUAGGGGUCGAUGUGGGUUUAUGUCUGUCGAGGAGUAGAGGCUUAGUAUGAGAAGGAGAUGUGCAUUAUUGGUUAUUUGUGUUUUAAGGUGACAAAUACAUAUAAUGGAUCUGUUCCACUCAGCCACUGAAAGAUGCUGAUUGGUCAAUAAGCUGUAUAAAGCUUUCUGAUUGGUCAAUAAGCUGUAUAAAGCUUCCUGAUUGGUCAAUCUGCUGUCUGGAACACAGGCAGGACAGACAGAACCUGAUCAAUAAUAAUAAUACAAGGCACUUAGAUAGCGCUUUUCAACUGUUAGACUUGCUGUAGAAUAGCUGGUCUGAAGGUCCUGUCACUGAAGCUUGAGUUCAGACACUGUGAACAGGGAGGAGGUCAUAUGAGUUAGGUUGAGGUCAGACACUGGGAAUAGGGAGGAGGUCAUAUGAGUUAGGUUGAGGUCAGACACUGGGAACAGGGAGGAGGUCAUAUGAGUUAGGUUGAGGUCAGACACUGGGAACAGGGAGGAGGUCAUAUGAGUUAGGUUGAGGUCAGACACUGGGAACAGGGAGGAGGUCAUAUGAGUUAGGUUGAGGUCAGACACUGGGAACAGGGAGGAGGUCAUAUGAGUUAGGUUGAGGUCAGACACUGGGAACAGGGAGGAGGUCAUAUGAGUUAGGUUGAGGUCAGACACUGGGAACAGGGAGGAGGUCAUAUGAGUUAGGUUGAGGUCAGACACUGGGAACAGGGAGGAGGUUGAGGUCAACAGAGCAGAUGAGGUCUUGUAUAUGUCCCUUGAUGUGACUGGGAACAUUGACAUGUUGGGUAAUAUUGAAACAGUCCAGAACUGCAAUGAAAUCAGAGGCAAGUUUUGAGUUUGAUGAGUCCAUGUGAAUAUUCACAUCGCCAAGCAACAGACAGCAUUACAUUUGACAUUUUAGUAAUUUAGCAGACGCUCUUAUCCAGAGCGACUUACAGGAGCAAUUAGGGUUCAGUGCCUUGCUCAAGGGCACAUCGGCCGAUUUUUCACCUAGUCGGCUCGGGGAUUAGAACCAGCGACCUUUCGUGUACUGGCACAACGCUCUUAACCACUCUACCCCACAGCAGGGGGAGAGUGGACAGCUAUGGUGAGUAGCUCAGACAGGAACAAUUCAUUAGCUUUAGGAGGACAGUACACAAGGAUAGGGGUCAUGGAGCAGGAUGGUUUAUAGGCAAUGUAUUGAAAUGAGGAGACCGUAGAGAGAGACAGUUGAGUUAUUUAGAUCGUAGAGUUGUACAGUACAGUGGGGUGGAGCGGGGUGAUACAGGUAGACAUAACCAGCAGGAGUAGCUUGGUUAAGAGAAAAUAAAUCACCAGGUUGUUGCCAGGUUUCAGUUAGGAGGAGGAAGACUAGCUUGCUCGAGUGUUGAGGAGAGCAAAGUUAGUACUGUGAGACUGAGAGGUGAGUUUAUUUAUUUUUGUACAAAAAAAAGUCACCUUUAUUUAACCAGGUAAGAAGCCAGUUGAGAACAAGUUCUCAUUUACAACUUGUUAUAUUUAUAUAUUAUAUACAACUGCGACCUGGCCAAGAUAAAGCAAAGCAGUGCGGUAAAAACAAAAACAACACAGAGUUACAUAUGGGGUAAACAAAACGUACAGUCAAUAACACAAUAGAAAAUAUAUAUACAGUGUGUGCAAAUGUAGUAAGUUAUGGAGGUAAGGCAAUAAAUAGGCCAUAGUGCAAAAUAAUUACAAUUAGUAUUAACACUGGAAUGAUAUGCAAAUAGAGAUACUGGGGUGCAAAUGAGCAAAAUAAAUAACAAUAUGGGGAUGAGGUAGUUGGGUGGGCUAAUUUCAGAUGGGCUGUGUACAGGUGCAGUGAUCGGUAAGGUGCUCUGACAACUGAUGCUUAAAGUUAGUGAGGGAGAUAAGAGUCUCCAGCUUCAGAGAUUUUUGCAGUUCGUUUCAGUCAUUGGCAGCAGAGAACUGGAAGGAAUGGCGGCCAAAGGAGGUGUUGGCUUUGGGGAUGACCAGUGAGAUAUACCUGCUGGAGUGCAUACUACGGGUGGGUGUUGCUAUGGUGACCAAUGAGCUAAGAUAAGGCGGGGAUUUGCCUAGUAGUGAUUUAUAGAUGGCCUGGAGCCAGUGGGUUUGACGACGAAUAUGUAGUGAGGACCAGCCAACAAGAGCGUACAGGUCACAGUGGUGGGUAGUAUAUGGGGCUUUGGUGACAAAACGGAUGGCACUGUGAUAGACUACAUAGUUUUAUGAGGGCAUGUUUGGCAGCAUGAGUGAAGGAGGCUUUGUUGUGAAAUAGGAAGCCGAUUCUAGAUUUAACUUUGGAUUGGAGAUGCUUAAUGUGAGUCUGGAAGGAGAGUUUACAGUCUAGCCAGACACCUAGGUAUUUGUAGUUGUCCACAUAUUCUAGGUCAGACCAGCCGAGAGUAGUGAUUCUAGUCGGGUGGGCGGGUGCAAACAGCGUUCGAUUGAAGAGCAUGCAUUUAGUUUUACUAGUGUUUAAGAGCAGUUGGAGGCUACUGAAGGAGUGUUGUAUGGCAUUGAAGCUCGUUUGGAGGUUUGUUAACACAGUGUCCAAUGAAGGGCCAGAUGUAUACAAAAUGGUGUCGUCUGCGUAGCGGUGGAUCUGAGAAUCACGGUGGUUGACAGAGUCGAAAGCCUUGGCCAGGUCGAUGAAGACGGCUGCACAGUACUGUCUAUUAUCGAUUGCGGUUAUAAUAUCGUUUAGGACCUUGAGCGUGGCUGAGGUGCACCCAUGACAAGCUCGUAAACCGGAUUGCAUAGUGGAGAAGGUACGGUGUGAUUCGAAAUGGUCGGUGAUCUGUUUGUUAACUUGGCUUUCAAAAACUUUCGAAAGGCAGGGCAGGAUGGAUAUAGGUCUGUAACAGUUUGGAUCUAGAGUGUCACCCCCUUUGAAGAGGGGGAUGACCGCGGCAGCUUUCCAAUCUCUGGGGAUCUCAGACGUUACGAAAGAGAGGUUGAACAGGCUAGUAAUAGGGGUCGCGACAAUUUUGGCGGCUAAUUUUAGAAAGAAAGGGUCCAGAUUGUCUAGGCCAGAUGAUUUGUAGGGGUCCAGAUUUUGCAGCUCUCUCAGAACAUCAGCUGUCUGAAUUUGUGUGAAGGAGAAGCGGGGGGGGGGGGGGGGGGCAAGUUGCAGCGGAGAGUGCAGAGCUGGUGACCGGGGUAGUGGUAGCCAGGUGGAAAGCAUGACCAGCCGUAGCAAAAUGCUUGUUGAAAUUCUCGCUUAUUGUAGAUUAUUGUGGUGAUAGUGUUUCAUAGCCUCAGUGCAGUGGGCAGCUGGGAGGAAGUGCUCUUAUUCUCCAUGGACUUUACAGUGUCCCAAAACAUUUUGGAGUUAGUGCUACAGGAUGCACAUUUCUGUUUGAAAAAGCUAGCAUUUGUUUUCCUAACUGCUUGUGUAUAUUGGUUCCUAACUUCCCUGAAAAGUUGCAUAUCGCGGGGGCUAUUCGAUGCUAAUGCAGUACGCCACAGGAUGUUUUUGUGCUGGUCAUGGGCAGUCAAGUCUGAGGAGAACCAGGGGCUAUAUCUGUUCUUAGUUCUGAAUUUUAUUUUAGAUUGAGAGGAAAGCACUUUUAAAGAACAACCAGGCAUCCUCUACCUACCGCUUUACAGUGAAAUUGUAUAAUAAGAACUAACUGGAAUAGCAAUAGGCAAGGCAUAUUUACAUGGGAGAGAGGCAUAAAGCAAUCACAGGUGUUAUUCGAGAGAGCUAAGACAACAACUGGUAAUGGCGAUGAAAGUUUGGGCUGAGGCUAAACAGAUAAACAGGACAGGGUACCGUGUAAAGGAACAGUCCAGCAGGCAUCAUCUGUGCAGCUGAGUGAUCAUAAGGUCCAGUGAACAGCAAUAUGUGAGUCCGAGAGCAGUUCGAAUUGGUGCUACAGCACAGGCUAGCAGGAAGCAUGGCUGUUGUUUGCGUGUGCUAGCGGGCCGGGGCUAGCAGAUGGAUCUUUGAGGUCGUCGCAACGGGAAGCCUGUUGAAACCACAGAUGAUUACGUCGGCAGACCAGUCGUAAUGGAUCGGCGAGGCUCUGUGUCGACUCUAGGAGGUCCCGUCCGGUUGACAGAGAGGUAGAUAGCCGGGAGAUGGGCCUGAGUCAAGGCUAGCUCAAGGCUGAUUAGCCAACAACAACGUUCAUUCGGUUGCAGCUAGCUAGUUGCGAUUAUCCAGUGUUAAAGGUCCAGUGAUUCAGUGAUUCCGGCAGAAAAACCGAUAUGUUCUGGGUCGAUAACACGCUGUGCAGACAGUGCAGACUGGCCGAAUAAUAGUCCAGGCUAGAGCUGGCUGGUAGGUAGUGCAGGCCACGGACAAUGGUGAAAAACCGCUAACGGUGGCUAAUAGCAAGUAGCUAGUUAGCUGGCUAAUCCCGUCCGGUAGACAGAGAGGUAGGUAGCCGGGAUAUGGGCCUGGUUUGAGGCUAGCUCAAAGCUAACUGGUGCUUGCUUCGGGGGCAGUGGUGAUUAGCCAACAGCAACAUCCAUUCGGUUGCGGCUAGCUAGUUGCGAUCCGGUGUUAAUGUCCAGUGAUUCAGUUAUUCUGGCAGAUAAUCCGAUGUUCUGGGUGUAAACCGCUAACGGUGGCUAAUAGCAAGUAGCUAGUUAGCUGGCUAGCUAGUUUCAACUGGAGAUUCUAGAUAAAAGGUAAGUCAAUAAUAGAAUCCGUUCCACAUUGAGUGAGGCGGGUUGCAGGAAAGUAUAUUUAGUAGAAGGAUGAAAAGUGUGAUAGGGAAAUAUGUACGGAAUAUAAAAAAAAUAUACAAAAACACACUAUUUACACGGACACACACAGAGUACACGACCGCACUGCUAUGCCAUCUUGGGGUUUAUGGAUAGUGGUAGGAUGAAGAGGGGGCAGGCAGUAUGAGGCGACGGAUUGGGAGCAGGAUACGAGUGAGACCAGAGAGAGUUAAUGUUGCUACCAGUAGUAUAGUUGACAGACCAGUUCCAACGUGAGCCACGAUGCAGGUAGCGGUGUCUUAUGUAGGAUACAUGAUGAGCCCCACGAUGCAGGUAGCGGUGUCUAUGUAGGAUGCAUGAUGAGCCCCAUGAUGCAGGUAGCGGUGUCUAUGUAGGAUGUAUGAUGAGCCCCAUGAUGCAGGUAGCGGUGUCUAUGUAGGAUGCAUGAUGAGCCCCACGAUGCAGGUAGUGGUGUCUUAUGUAGGAUGCAUGAUGAGCCCCAUGAUGCAGGUAGCGGUGUCUUAUGUAGGAUGCAUGAUGAGCCCCAUGAUGCAGGUAGCGGUGUCUUAUGUAGGAUGCAUGAUGAGCCCCAUGAUGCAGGUAGCGGUGUCUUAUGUAGGAUGCAUGAUGAGCCCCACGAUGCAGGUAGUGGUGUCUUAUGUAGGAUGCAUGAUGAGCCCCACAAUGCAGGUAGUGGUGUCUAUGUAGGAUGGAUGAUGAGCCCCACAAUGCAGGUAGCGGUGUCUAUGUAGGAUGCAUGAUGAGCCGGCAGGAAUAAGGACAUCAGAGGAGAGCCCAGAGUUAUUAUUCAGGAGAUUAAGAUCAAGGGAGUUUUUAGUCUGGAAAAAACAGGGAGAGAUAAAUCACAGUAAUUCAGGACAGAGCACAAACAUGACGAACAGAGAGGAGCCAGUGGGCAGGUACAUAACAGGAGGAACAGAGAGGAGCCAGUGGGCAGGUACAUGACGAACAGAAAGGAGCCAGUGGGCAGGUACAUAACAGGAGGAACAGAGAGGAGCCAGUGGGCAGGUACAUAACAGGAGGAACAGAGAGGAGCCAGUGGGCAGGUACAUAACAGGAGGAGCAGAGAGGAGCCAGUGGGCAGGUACAUAACAGGAGGAGCAGAGAGGAGCCAGUGGGCAGGUACAUAACAGGAGGAACAGAGAGGAGCCAGUGGGCAGGUACAUAACAGGAGGAACAGAGAGGAGCCAGUGGGCAGGUACAUAACAGGAGGAACAGAGAGGAGCCAGUGGGCAGGUACAUAACCAGUGGGCAGGUACAUAACAGGACGAACAGAGAGGAGCCAGUGGGCAGGUACAUAACAGGACGAACAGAGAGGAGCCAGUGGGCAGGUACAUAACCAGUGGGCAGGUACAUAACCAGUGGGCAGGUACAUAACAGGAGGAGCAGAGAGGAGCCAGUGGGCAGGUACAUAACAGGAGGAACAGAGAGGAGCCAGUGGGCAGGUACAUAACCAGUGGGCAGGUACAUAACAGGAGGAACAGAGAGGAGCCAGUGGGCAGGUACAUAACCAGUGGGCAGGUACAUAACAGGAGGAGCAGAGAGGAGCCAGUGGGCAGGUACAUAACCAGUGGGCAGGUACAUAACAGGAGGAGCAGAGAGGAGCCAGUGGGCAGGUACAUAACCAGUGGGCAGGUACAUAACCAGUGGGCAGGUACAUAACAGGAGGAACAGAGAGGAGCCAGUGGGCAGGUACAUAACAGGAGGAACAGAGAGGAGCCAGUGGGCAGGUACAUAACCAGUGGGCAGGUACAUAACAGUGAUUUAGAUCCAACAAAACGUCAGAUAAAUCCAAACAGAAACCCCCACCGUCUGUAAAGCAGCAAGCCAGAACCCAACUAGACUACUCUAAACCAGCUAGCACUAGAGCCCACAGUCAGAACCCAUCUGAAACACAACCUUCACCAGCUAGCACUAGAACCCACAGUCAGAACCCAUCUGAAACACAACCUUCACCAGCUAGCACUAGAAUCCACAGUCAGAACCCAUCUGAAACACAACCUUCACCAGCUAGCACUAAAACCCACAGUCAGAACCCAUCUGAAACACAACCUUCACCAGCUAGCACUAGAAUCCACAGUCAGAACCCAUCUGAAACACAAUCUUCACCAGCUAGCACUAGAAUCCACAGUCAGAACCCAUCUGAAAUACAACCUUCACCAGCUAGCACUAGAACCCACAGUCAGAACCCAUCUGAAACACAACCUUCACCAGCUAGCACUAGAAUCCACAGUCAGAACCCAUCUGAAACACAACCUUCACCAGCUAGCCCCUAGAACCCACAGUCAAAACCCAUCUGAAACACAACCUUCACCAGCUAACACUAGAAUUCACAGUCAAAACCCAUCUGAAACACAACCUUCACCAGCUAGCACUAGAACCCACAGUCAAAACCCAUCUGAAACACAACCUUCACCAGUUAGCACUAGAACCCACAGUCAAAACCCAUCUGAAACACAACCUUCACCAGCUAGCACUAGAACCCACAGUCAGAACCCAUCUGAAACACAACCUUCACCAGCUAGCACUAGAAUCCACAGUCAGAUCCAUCUGAAACACAACCUUCACCAGCUAGCAAUAGAACCCACAGUCAAUACCCAUCUGAAACACAACCUUCACCAGCUAGCACUAGAACCCACAGUCAAAACCCAUCUGAAACACAACCUUCACCAGCUAGCACUAGAACCCACAGUCAAAACCCAUCUGAAACACAACUUUCACCAGCUAGCACUAGAUCCCACAGUCAAAACCCAUCUGAAACACAACCUUCACCAGCUAGCACUAGAACCCACAGUCAAAACCAAUCUGAAACACAACCUUCACCAGCUAGCACUAGAUCUCACAGUCAAAACCCAUCUGAAACACAAACUUCACCAGCUAGCACUAGAACCCACAGUCAGAACCCAUCUGAAACACAACCUUCACCAGCUAGCACUAGAACCCACAGUCAAAACCCAUCUGAAACACAACUGUCACCAACUAGCACUAGAAUCCACAGUCAAAACCCAUCUGAAACACAACCUUCACCAGCUAGCACUAGCAUCCACAGUCAAAACCCAUCUGAAACACAAACUUCACCAGCUAGCACUAGAAUCCACAGUCAAAACCCAUCUGAAACACAACCUUCAACAGCUAGCACUAUAACCCACAGUCAAAACCCAUCUGAAACACUACCUUCACCAGCUAGCACUAGAACCCACAGUCAAAACCCAUCUGAAACACAACCUUCACCUGCUAGCACUAGAACCCACAGUCAGAACCCAUCUGAAACACAACCUUCACCAGCUAGCACUAGAACCCACAGUCAAAACCCAUCUGAAACACAACCUUCAACAGCUAGCACUAUAACCCACAGUCAAAACCCAUCUGAAACACUACCUUCACCAGCUAGCACUAGAACCCACAGUCAAAACCCAUCUGAAACACAACCUUCACCUGCUAGCACUAGAACCCACAGUCAGAACCCAUCUGAAACACAACCUUCACCAGCUAGCACUAGAACCCACAGUCAAAACCCAUCUGAAACACAACUUUCACCAACUAGCACUAGAAUCCACAGUCAAAACCCAUCUGAAACACAACCUUCACCAGCUAGCACUAGCAUCCACAGUCAAAACCCAUCUGAAACACAAACUUCACCAGCUAGCACUAGAAUCCACAGUCAAAACCCAUCUGAAACACAACCUUCAACAGCUAGCACUAGAACCCACAGUCAAAACCCAUCUGAAACACUACCUUCACCAGCUAGCACUAGAACCCACAGUCAAAACCCAUCUGAAACACAACCUUCACCUGCUAGCACUAGAACCCCACAGUCAGAACCCAUCUGAAACACAACCUUCAUCAGCUAGCACUAGAACCCACAGUCAAAACCCAUCUGAAACACAAUCUUCACCAGCUAGCACUAGAAACCACAGUCAGAACCCAUCUCAAACACAACCUUCACCAACUAGCACUAAAAUCCACAGUCAGAACCCAUCUGAAACACAACCUUCACCAGCUAGCACUAGAACUCACAGUCAAAACCCAUCUGACACAGAGUCCAAAAUCCAAAAUAGAUCAAUUAUCCAGAGGUGGGUCAGGGAACCAGGAGAACAGUGAUCAGAGGAAGAAUCCAGGCAGGUGGAGGUGAUCACAGCAGCAAAGUCCAGACUCAGAGGUAGUCUAGCAGCCAACUAGGUUGUAAAAGUCAUAAAAACCCCAGUAGGCUAAAAAGUGGACAAAACAAUCACUCAAUGAAAAACAGACGAGUAAACACUGUUACUAAACAGGUACCAGGGUGAAGCGGCAAUCGAGCACGACGCCAGCAGAUACCCUAACCCGGAAUUGUCUUCAGCAUACAGUCUCGGUCAUACUGUGUUGACUUCAGCAUAUUGGAAGUGUUGACUUUAGCAUACAGUCUCAUUCCACUGUGGCAUUUACCGAUAAUAAAUCCCUGCGCUGUGAUGUUUACCUCCAGCAAUUACAUCACCCUACCAUUGUCUAUACAUCAGACCACUGUCUGUACACAAGACCACUGUCUAUACAUCACACCACUGUCUAACUGAUUCAUCAGACCACUGUCUAUACAUCAGACCACUAUUUAUACAUCAGACCACUGUCUAUACAUCAGACCACUGUCUAACUGAUACAUCAGACCACUGUCUAUACAUCAGACCACUGUCUAACUGAAACAUCAGACCACUGUCUAUAAAUCAGACCACUGUCUAUACAUUAGACCACUGUCUAUACAUCAGACCACUGUCUAACUGAUUCAUCAGACCACUGUCUAUAAAUCAGACCACUGUCUAACUGAAACAUCAGACCACUGUCUAUAAAUCAGACCACUGUCUAUACAUCAGACCAUUGUCUAAUUGAUUCAUCAGACCAAUGUCUAUACAUCAGACCACUGUCUAUAAAUCAGACCACUGUCUAUACAUCAUACCAAUGUCUAUACGUCAGAACAUUGUCUAUACAUCAGACCACUUUGUAUACACCAGACGACUGUCUAUACACCAGACCUAUCUUUCUACAUCAGACCACUGUCUAUACAUCAGACCACUGUCUAACUGAUGCAUCAGACCACUGUCUAUACAUCAGACCACUGUCUAUACAUCAGACCACUGUCUAUACAUCAGACCACGGUCUAACUGAUUCAUCAGACCACUGUCUAUACAACAGACCACUGUCUAACUGAUAUAUCAGACCACUGUCUAACUGAUACAUCAGACCACUGUCUAUACAUCAGACCACUGUCUAACUGAUUCAUCAGACCACUGUCUAUAAAUCAGACCACUGUCUAACUGAAACAUCAGACCACUGUCUAUAAAUAGACCACUGUCUAUACAUCAGACCAUUGUCUAAUUGAUUAAUCAGACCACUGUCUAUAAAUCAGACCACUGUCUAUACAUCAUACCAUUGUCUAACUGAUUCAUCAGACCACUGUCUAUACAUGAGACUGCUGUCAGUCUGAUAAUAAUAAUAAUAAUAAUAAUAUGCCAUUUAGCAGACGCUUUUAUCCAAAGCGACUUACAGUCAUGUGUGCAUACAUUUUUACGUAUGGGUGGUCCCGGGGACCGAACCCACUACCCUGGCAUUACAAGCGCCAUGCUCUACCAAUUGAGCUACAGAGGACCACUGUCCAUACCACUAUCUGAUACAUCAAACCACUGUCCAUACAUUAGACCACUGUCUAUAAAUCAGACCACUGUCUAUACAUCAGAACACUGUCUAACUGAUACAUCAGACCACUGUCUAUACAUCAGACCACUGUCUAUACAUCAGACCACUGUCUAUAAAUCAGACCACUGUCUAUACAUCAGACCACUGUCUAUACAUCAGACCACUGUCUAUACAUCAGACCACUAUUUAUACAUCAGACCACUGUCUAUACAUCAGACCACUGUCUAACUGAUACAUCAGACCACAGUCUAUACAUCAGACCACUGUCUAACUGAAACAUCAGACCACUGUCUAUAAAUCAGACCACUGUCUAUACAUUAGACCACUGUCUAUACAUCAGACCACUGUCUAACUGAUUCAUCAGACCACUGUCUAUAAAUCAGACCACUGUCUAACUGAAACAUCAGACCACUGUCUAUAAAUCAGACCACUGUCUAUACAUCAGACCAUUGUCUAAUUGAUUCAUCAGACCAAUGUCUAUACAUCAGACCACUGUCUAUAAAUCAGACCACUGUCUAUACAUCAUACCAAUGUCUAUACGUCAGAACAUUGUCUAUACAUCAGACCACUUUGUAUACACCAGACGACUGUCUAUACACCAGACCUAUCUUUCUACAUCAGACCACUGUCUAUACAUCAGACCACUGUCUAACUGAUGCAUCAGACCACUGUCUAUACAUCAGACCACUGUCUAUACAUCAGACCACUGUCUAUACAUCAGACCACGGUCUAACUGAUUCAUCAGACCACUGUCUAUACAACAGACCACUGUCUAACUGAUAUAUCAGACCACUGUCUAACUGAUACAUCAGACCACUGUCUAUACAUCAGACCACUGUCUAACUGAUUCAUCAUACCACUGUCUAUAAAUCAGACCACUGUCUAACUGAAACAUCAGACCACUGUCUAUAAAUAGACCACUGUCUAUACAUCAGACCAUUGUCUAAUUGAUUAAUCAGACCACUGUCUAUAAAUCAGACCACUGUCUAUACAUCAUACCAUUGUCUAACUGAUUCAUCAGACCACUGUCUAUACAUGAGACUGCUGUCAGUCUGAUAAUAAUAAUAAUAAUAAUAAUAAUAAUAUGCCAUUUAGCAGACGCUUUUAUCCAAAGCGACUUACAGUCAUGUGUGCAUACAUUUUUACGUAUGGGUGGUCCCGGGGACCGAACCCACUACCCUGGCAUUACAAGCGCCAUGCUCUACCAAUUGAGCUACAGAGGACCACUGUCCAUACCACUAUCUGAUACAUCAAACCACUGUCCAUACAUUAGACCACUGUCUAUAAAUCAGACCACUGUCUAUACAUCAGACCACUGUCUAUACAUCAGAACACUGUCUAUACAUCAGACCACUGUCUAUACAUCAGACCACUGUCUAACUGAUACAUCAGACCACUGUCUAUAAAUCAGACCACUGUCUAUAAAUCAGACCACUGUCUAUACAUCAGACCACUGUCUAUACAUCAGAACACUGUCUAACUGAUACAUCAGACCACUGUCUAUACAUCAGACCACUGUCUAACUGAUACAUCAGACCACUGUCUAUACAUCAGACCACUGUUUAUACAUCAGACCACUGUCUAACUGAUUCAUCGGACCACUGUCUAUAAAUCAGACCACUGUCUAACUGAAACAUCAGACCACUGUCUAUAAAUCAGACCACUGUCUAUACAUCAGACCAAUGUCUAUACGUCAGAACACUGUCUAUACAUCAGACCACUUUGUAUACACCAGACCACUGUCUAUACACCAGACCUAUCUUUCUACAUCAGACCACUGUCUAUACAUCAGACCACUGUCUAUACAUCAGACCACUGUCUAACUGAAACAUCAGACUACUGUCUAUAAAUCAGACCACUGUCUAACUGAAACAUCAGACCACUGUCUAUAAAUCAGACCACUGUCUAACUGAAACAUUAGACCACUGUCUAUAAAUCAGACCACUGUCUAUACAUCAUACCACUGUCUAACUGAAACAUCAGACCACUGUCUAUACAUCAGAACACUGUCUAUACAUCAGACCACAUUGUAUACACCAGACGACUGUCUAUACACCAGACCUAUCUUUCUACAUCAGACCACUGUCUAUACAUCAGACCAAUGUCUAACUGAUACAUCAGACCACUGUCUAUACAUCAGACCACUGUCUAUACAUCAGACCACUGUCUAUACAUCAGACCACUGUCUAUACACUAGACCACUGUCUAUACAUCAGACCACUGUCUAUACAUCAGACCACUGUCUAUACAUCAGACCACUGUCUAACUGAUACAGAAGUUAGAUUUAGGGUUAGUUUGUGUUAUUUAGGGUUAGUUAAGGUUAGUUAGGGUUAGUUAAGGUUAGUUAGGGUUAGUUAAGGUUAGUUAGGGUUAGUUAGGGUUAGUUAGGGUUAGUUGAGGUUGGUUAGGGUUAGUUAGGGUUAGUUAUGGUUAGUUAAGGUUAGUUAGGGUUAGUUAAGGUUAGUUAGGGUUAGUUAAGGUUAGUUAUGGUUAGUUAAGGUUAGUUAGGGUUAUUUAAGGUUAGUUAGGGUUAGUUAAGGUUAGUUAGGGUUAGUUAACCCUCCCGUUGUCCUAGGGUCAAAAUGACCCGCCACUGUGUUGAACCAACUUUAUUUAAUUUUUAUAUUUUGGGGAUCAUUUGUGAGAAGGAGGCAGUGAGACUUUAAAGAAAGUAUCACUGCCUCCUUCUCACAAAUGAUCCAAAAAAUAUAAAAAUUAAAUAAAGUUGGUUCAACACAGUGGCGGGUCAUUUUGACCCAAGGACAACGGGAGGGUUAAGGUUAGUCAAGGUUAGUUAAGGUUAGUUAGGGUUAGUUAGGGUUAGUUAAGGUUAGUUAUGGUUAGUUAUGGUUAGUUAAGGUUAGUUAAGGUUAGUUAGGGUUAGUUAGGGUUAGUUGAGGUUGGUUAGGGUCAGUUAGGGUUAGUUAGGGUUAGUUAGGGUUAGUUAAGGUUAGUUAGGGUUAGUUAAGGUUAGUUAGGGUUAGUUAGGGUUAGUUAAGGUUAGUUAGGGUUAGUUAAGGUUAGUUAGGGUUAGUUAAGGUUAGUUAGGGUUAGUUAGGGUUAGUUAGGGUUAGUUAAGGUUAGUUAGGGUUAGUUAGGUUUAGUUAGGGUUAAUGUUAAUAUUACUGUCUAUCUCUAGGUACUACAGAGUGUGCCCUCCAGUUCCCUGACCCCUAUAUCUACUGGGACAGAGUGAUGAAGGUCUGCGUGUUCAUCUUCGGCUUCGUGGCACCCCUCCUCAUCGUCAGUGUGUGUUAUACCCUAAUGGUGCUGCGUCUGAAGAGCGUGCGACUGCUCUCUGGCUCCCGGGAGAAGGACCGGAACCUGCGGCGGAUCACCCGGCUGGUUUUGGUGGUGGUAGCAGUGUUCGUAGUCUGCUGGACGCCUAUCCACAUCUUUAUCCUGGUUAAGGCGCUGGCGCCCUCCGGUGACGUUCUCGAGACCACGCCCGUCAUGGCGGCCUACUUCUUCUGCGUUGCCCUGGGUUACACCAACAGCAGCCUCAACCCCAUUCUCUACGCCUUCCUGGAUGAGAACUUCAAACGCUGCUUCAGGGACUAUUGCUGCCCGGGGGGGAGGGGGGGAGGGGGUAACAGCCAGGGGGGGAGGGGGGUCAGGGGUAACAGCCAGGGGGGGAGGGGGGUCGGGGGCAACAGCCAGGGGGGGAGUCGAGUGAAGAGCUACACCUGUCCACCAACGGCCCGGGGGAGAGGGCAGGAGGGACAGAGGGAGGGGGAGGCUGGUAUGACUAGCGGUGGAGCUGGAACAGUCCUCCCUUAA